AUGGGCUGCAUUAAAAGUAAAGAGAACAAAAGUCCAUCCAUUAAAUAUAGACCAGAAAGCACACCAGAGCCCGUCGGUACAGGAGUCGGCCACCACGGAGCAGAGCACGCUGUGGUGGCACCAACAUCCUCCGCAAAGAGCACGUCUGCCAGCUUCAGCAGCCUCUCCCUGACACCAUUCGGAGGGCCCUCGGCGGUGACACCAUUUGGGGGAGCAUCUUCCUCAUUUUCAGUGGCACCAGGUUCAUAUCCUGCUGGUUUAACAGGUGGUGUUACUAUAUUUGUGGCCUUAUAUGAUUAUGAAGCUAGAACUACAGAAGACCUUUCAUUUAAGAAAGGUGAACGAUUUCAAAUAAUUAACAACACGGAAGGAGACUGGUGGGAGGCGAGAUCAAUCGCUACAGGAAAGAAUGGCUACAUCCCAAGCAAUUACGUAGCCCCGGCGGAUUCCAUUCAGGCUGAAGAAUGGUAUUUUGGCAAAAUGGGGAGAAAAGAUGCUGAAAGAUUACUUCUGAAUCCUGGGAAUCAGCGAGGUAUUUUCUUAGUAAGAGAGAGUGAAACUACUAAAGGUGCUUAUUCCCUCUCUAUUCGGGACUGGGAUGAGGUGAGGGGUGACAAUGUGAAGCACUACAAAAUUAGGAAACUUGACAACGGUGGAUACUACAUCACAACCAGAGCACAGUUUGAUACUCUGCAGAAACUGGUAAAACACUACACAGAACAUGCUGAUGGUUUAUGCCAUAAGUUAACAACUGUGUGUCCAACUGUGAAACCCCAGACUCAAGGUCUAGCAAAAGAUGCUUGGGAAAUCCCACGAGAAUCUUUGCGACUAGAGGUUAAACUAGGACAAGGAUGUUUUGGUGAAGUAUGGAUGGGAACGUGGAAUGGAACCACAAAAGUAGCAAUCAAAACACUGAAGCCAGGUACAAUGAUGCCAGAAGCUUUUCUUCAAGAGGCUCAAAUAAUGAAAAAACUAAGACAUGAUAAACUUGUUCCACUAUAUGCUGUUGUUUCUGAAGAGCCGAUUUACAUUGUUACUGAAUUUAUGUCAAAAGGGAGCUUAUUAGAUUUCCUGAAGGAGGGAGAUGGAAAGUAUCUGAAGCUCCCACAGCUGGUUGACAUGGCUGCUCAGAUUGCUGAUGGUAUGGCCUAUAUUGAAAGAAUGAACUAUAUUCAUCGAGAUCUUCGGGCUGCUAAUAUUCUUGUAGGAGAAAACCUUGUGUGCAAAAUAGCAGAUUUUGGCUUAGCAAGGUUAAUUGAAGACAAUGAAUAUACGGCAAGACAAGGUGCAAAAUUUCCAAUCAAGUGGACAGCUCCUGAGGCUGCAUUGUAUGGUCGAUUUACAAUCAAGUCUGAUGUGUGGUCAUUUGGAAUUCUACAGACAGAAUUGGUAACAAAGGGCAGAGUGCCAUAUCCAGGUAUGGUGAACCGCGAGGUGCUGGAGCAGGUGGAGCGAGGGUACAGGAUGCCAUGCCCGCAGGGCUGUCCAGAGUCCCUCCAUGAAUUGAUGAAUCUGUGUUGGAAGAAGGACCCUGAUGAGAGACCAACAUUUGAGUAUAUCCAGUCCUUCCUGGAAGACUAUUUCACUGCUACAGAGCCACAGUACCAGCCAGGAGAAAAUUUAUAA